AUGUCUAACCUGUUGUAUAAUGAUCACAAAUCGUCUUCUUCAGGGGAAGUGAAGCGUAACCUACACGAAAUGUAUGAUGUUGAUGACAUGGUUGGAUGUUCUUCAACAAAAAGGCGUCUUGGUGAUGAGAAAGAGGAAGCACAAAAUUCAGAAUCUUCAAAUCUUCUGAUUCCUAAAAUUGAGAAUAUUGUUGUCAUGUCUGCAAAGGGAGAUGUUUUAUCAUCUUUAUUUACGAAUGAUUCAACUUUUUCUAACGUAGGUGAUGUUUGGGAGAUUUCAAAGCCAAAGAAAGUUCUUAUUUUGGCUAACGUCAAAAAUAUUAUCAACAACUCUUGGUACUGUAUGACGUGUCCUACGUGUUCUAAUGAAGCAACUUUGGAGGUCGAAGAAUUUUUUUCACCUGAUUGUUUUGAUGACGUAAAGCAAUUAGAAGUUUAUCACUGUUCGAAUUACGAUUGUUCUGAGACUACAGUCAAACCUGUUCCCAAAUUUAAAAUUAAUCUUGAAGUUGGUGAUGACUCUGAUUCUGUUGAACUGGUCUUAUUUCACAACCAGGCUGCUGAGCUUAUUAAUAAGUCUCCUAAACAAUUGAUUCAAGACAACACCACGUGCGAUGAUAUUGUUGUGGUUCCAAAAGAGAUAAGGUCACUGGUUGGCAAGUUUUUCGCAUUCAAGAUAGAGAUCACUGAGUACAAUCUUGUACAUUACGAUGAGGUUUAUGGAAUUACCCAUAUAAGUUCUGAUGAAACUCUCAUUUGUGACAUUAAGAACAAGUUUUUGUGUGGACAGGAUCGCAAGUCGAUAAAUGGGAAACGCGGUGUUAAUGAAGUUUUUGACAUUCAUGAAAUAAUUGACACCGGAGAAAGGCGUAGAGUUCGAAAAGCAAUAAUAGAUAGUAAAAAGGCAAAGAGAAAAUCUUCAAAUAAGAAGGUUGGCGUCACCUUACGAGACAAAGAAAACUUAACUCAGGUGUCGAAUGUUACAAAUCAAUUCAAUACUCCCAUCCAGUUCAAUAGAAGUAUAAAUUCUACGUCAUCCUUACUUAAUAUUACUUCUGCAAAUAAUAAUAUACAUAAUAAUGAUGGGGCGUUAUCUACACCUACGCUAUAUUCAUUUAAUUCAAGUAUCGUUACAGCUACAAAUCCGUGUACAACAUCUAACACAUCAUCACUUAGUAAGUUAUCAGUUGGUAAGCGCAAAUUGAAGCACAUGGCACGUGAUAUAACCCCAGUAGUUAUGGUGGAUUUGGAUUCUGUUGACGAAUCCAACGAAGAAGUUUUUGUGUUGGAUCCUUAUAAAGGAAUUUCAACAGACUAUUUAGAUCAUGGUGACCCGGAUGUUAUAUGUCAGAUUUGUUAUGCAAAGCUGUGGUCUUCUGAAGGUGGUAAAGGUCGUAUAACAAUGGAUAAACUAUGUUAUGGUUUGUGUUGUGGAUAUGGUAAAGUUGAGCUACCAGUAUUGAAAGAUGCUAAUUCUGAGUAUCAACAGUUGUUUCAUAAUUGUGAUACGAAAAGCAAGUUCUUCUUGAAGAAUAUCCGACGUUAUAAUUCUAUGUUCUCUUUUACAUCUAUGGGUGGAAAGGUUGAUUCGAAGAUCAACAAGGGUAUUGCCCCAUUCAUAUAUCGUAUUAGUGGUCAAAAUUGUCAUAGUCUUGGUAGCUUAAGACCGCCUAAUGGUAAACAAGCUAAGUUUUCUCAGCUAUACAUAUAUGAUACUGAGAACGAGAUUUCUAACAGACAAAGUGUAUUGGGAAUGGUAAGAAACCACUUUCAUGAAAAUCCUCAAGCAAACUUAAAGCUCCGUCUCAUUUACAAAAGGGACAAAGAUGGUAGGACUUAUAAUUUACCAUCCACUAAUGAGAUCGCUGCACUGAUUGUUGAUGAUUUAGAUCCAUCAAUUGAUCGUCGAGACAUUUUAAUUGAAACUGAAUCUGGUAUGCUUCAACGUAUCAGUGAGUUACACCCAUCCUAUCUUGCUCUUCAAUAUCCAAUUCUUUUCCCUUUUGGUGAUGAUGGAUAUAGAAUCGACAUUCCUCAUAGAGAAGGUUUUUUGGUUGAUGCUUACACUAUGAUUGAGAGUGAAAGGCUCAAUUUCAUACGUGGUAAGAAGAAGAAUCUUCGUUCCGAGUCAUUUGAGAAUCUUCAAAAGUAUAAGGACAAUGGUAAACAAAAUUUAUCAAACACUGGUCAAAAGGUAAUAUUACCUUCAUCUUUUACUGGAGGUGCUCGGUUCAUGCAACAAAACUACCUCGAUGCUAUGGCGUUAUGUAAGUGGUUUGGAUACCCAGAUUUUUUCAUAACCAUUACAUGCAAUCCAAAAUGGCCUGAAGUUUCAAGAUUUCUUAAAGAUACAUCCAUUAAAGCAGAAGACAGGCCUGAUAUUAUAUGUCGAUUGUUCAAGAUGAAGCUGGAUUCAAUGAUUAAGGAUAUAAAGGAUAAUAAAUUUUUUGGUGAAAUCAAUGCUGUUGUUUAUACCGUUGAAUUUCAAAAACGUGGCCUACCGCAUGCACACAUUUGUUUAUUCAUGAAGGUGGAUCACAAACUUCCCACUGUAGAUCAUAUUGAUCCUUUUAUUUCUGCCGAAAUUCCGGAUAAAUCUGAAGAUCCUCAGUUGCAUUAUCUUGUGUCUGAGUAUAUGAUUCAUGGUCCUUGUGGUGCUGCUAAUCUGAGCUGUCCUUGCAUGGUUGACAACAAAUGUUCAAAACGAUUUCCCAAAAAAUUUUCGGAUCAUACAAUUAUUGACUCAAGCGGUUUUCCUGUAUAUCGAAGGCGAGAUUCUGGUCACACUGUUAUGAAAAAAGGUGUUCAAUUAGACAACCGAAGCAUCGUACCUUACAACAAAGGUCUAUUAAAAAGAUACCAAGCACACAUUAAUGUUGAAUGGUGUAACCAGGCUGGUUCGAUAAAGUAUAUUUUUAAGUACAUUAACAAAGGACCUGACCGUGCUACGGCUGUUUUGUAUACUGAUUCAACCGGUACUAGCAAUCAGAAAAUAAAUGAUGAGAUCAAACAAUACUACGAUUGUAGAUACAUAUCAGCCUGUGAAGCGUCUUGGAGAAUUUUUGCAAACGAAGUUCAUUAUAGAUAUCCGGCUGUAAUGAGGCUACCUUUUCAUUUACCUGGUCAACACAAUGUAGUAUACGGUGAAGAUGAUGAUAUCGAAGAUGUCUUGAACAAACCAACUGUUGCUUCAUCUAUUUUUUUGCAAUGGAUGCGUUUAAAUGAACGUGAUGAAGAAGCACGUAAAUUGAGUUAUGUGGAGUUCCCAACCAAGUAUGUUUGGAACUUAAAAGAUAGACGUUGGCAAGUGCGGAAAAGGUACAAAACUAUUGGUAGAGUUCAUUCUGUUUCGAUUGCUUCAGGAGAACCUUACUAUUUAAGGAUUCUCCUAAAUAAAGUUAGAGGUCCUAAAUCAUUUGAAGAGAUUCGAACAGUGAACGGACAAGUAUUUCCCACAUUUAAAGAUGCAUGUUAUGCUAUGGGUCUUUUAGAUGAUGACAACGAAUAUGUUGAAGCCAUUAAGGAAGCAAGUUUUGAAGCUCAUUGUCGGUAUUUAAGAUCAUUAUUUGCGACAUUGCUUUUAACAAAUACGCUAUCAAGACCUGAAUUCGUGUGGGAAAAAACUUGGCACUUACUAGGAGACGAUAUUCUAUUCAAGCGUCGUAAAGAGACACAUACCCCUGAUCUAAUUAUUCCUGAACAUCAUUUGAAGAAUCUAAUUUUGGUGGAAAUUGAGAAUUAUUUAAUUUCGAAUGGGUCUACAUUAAGUAAAUUUUCUACGAUGCCCUUUCCAGACGACGAUUCGCUACGUCAAGGUACUAAUCGUCUAAUCAAUGAGGAAUUAUCGCAUGACACACAUGAGUUGAAAAGGAAGACUUUUUUGUGGAAGACCUUGGCUGCUGCAAUCAGAUCUAAAGGUCAGAUAGUGUUGAACGUUGCUUCAAGUGGUAUUGCUUCAUUAUUGUUAUCUAGAGGACGGACAGCACAUUCUAGAUUUAAAAUUCCCAUAAACUUGACAGAAGAUUCCAUGUGCUUCAUUAAGCCGAACGAUGAUGUUGCUAAUCUUUUAAAAGAGUCAAAGUUGAUUAUAUGGGAUGAAGCCCCUAUGGUGCACAAACAUGCGUUUGAGGCACUAGAUCGAACAAUGAAAGACAUUCUGUCGUCUUCUACGAAUAACUCUUCUGAGCUACCAUUUGGAGGUAAAGUUAUUGUGUUUGGUGGUGACUUUAGACAAAUACUACCCGUUAUUCCAAAUGGUACGAGGCAGCAGAUUGUUAAUUCAUCUUUGAGUUCUUCAUAUCUAUGGUUUGAAUGCAAGGUUUUAAAGUUAACAAAAAACAUGAGGUUGAGAAUUGGAGCUGAGUCAUCUAACAGUGAUUCCAUUCAGAAGUUUGCAAAAUGGCUACUUGAUAUUGGUGAAGGAAACAUUGGUUCAGAAAACGAUGGUGAAGCGUUUAUAGAGUUACCCGAUGAUUUAGUAAUUACCGACUCAGAUGAUCCAAUUCAAAGUUUAAUUGACUUUGUUUAUCCUUCAAUUUUACAUCAGUAUAAAAAUCCUGGAUUCUUUUCAGAGAGAGCAAUUUUAGCACCAAAGAAUGAAGUAGUUCAUGAGAUUAAUGAUCGAUUACUUUCAUUAUUUCCAGGUGAAGAAAAAGAGUAUUUGAGCUGUGACAGUAUAUGUCAAACAGAACAAGUUCUUGAUUCUUUUCAACAAGGUCUAUACUCUCCUGACAAUUUGAAUGCUCUUAAAAUUUCCGGUUUACCUAACCAUAGGUUGGUUCUUAAAGUUGGUGUUCCUGUGAUGCUUCUUCGAAACAUUGAUCAACAGAACGGACUAUGUAAUGGUACUAGACUUCAAGUAACCUUUCUUGGUAAACGAGUAAUUGAAGCGGAAGUGAUAUCUGGCGGAAAUAUCGGCACAAGAGUUUUUAUUCCAAGAAUUAGUAUGGUUCCUUCUGACAAAAAGAUACCUUUUCAAUUUCAAAGAAGGCAAUUUCCGUUAACAGUUUGUUUUGCUAUGACAAUUAACAAGAGUCAAGGACAUUCACUAUCUAGAGUUGGUUUAUACUUAAAAGAUCCUGUAUUUACUCACGGUCAAUUGUAUGUGGCGUUAUCCAGAGUCAAGAGCAGGCAAGGUGUUAAAAUUUUAUCAUUUGAUUGCGAUGGUAAACCUACAGCGAAGACGUCAAAUGUAGUGUACAAGGAGAUUUUUCAUAACUUAUAA